AUGGACUGGAUACCUUGUUCGCGACAAGCAACAUUUGCUGCUACUGUUCUGUCAACCGUAUCGCUUAUUGCGGUUAUUGUUGGACUACCGAUUAUGCACAUGCAUAUCCAAAGAGUGACUUCUGCGAUGCUUAGCGAAGUGGAAUUGUGCAAAGGAGAAUCACGAGACAUCUGGAAACAGAUGUCAUUUACAAAACCGGGAGAUAUCCGCACAAAACGUCAGUCUCCCUAUGGAAACUAUGGCGCAAUUCCAGCUGGAGCUUGUUGUGCCUGCACUCAGGGACCACCUGGUCCUCGCGGUCCAGCUGGAGAGGAUGGGCAACCUGGUGUUGACGGAUUCCCUGGUCGAACAGGGCUGAACGGUCGAAAUGGAAAGUACCUACCUGCACCACCCCCAGGAACGAAUGCUUGCCAAAAAUGCCCUCCAGGCCCACCAGGACCGCCAGGAUUGCCAGGACAAAAAGGUCCCCGCGGACCAGCAGGGAGACCAGGUACUCCAGGACGAUCAGGAGAAGAUAACCGACCAGGUCCUCCAGGACCGCCUGGAAUUCGUGGAGAGCCCGGGCCACCCGGUGACAAGGGACCAACAGGUGAUCGUGGAAAAGUUCUGAACGGUGCACCACCUGGCCCACCUGGUCCUUCUGGAAAGGUGGGUGCGCGUGGUCCUCCCGGAAGCAAAGGUCACGACGGAAAACCGGGAUUGCCAGGCAAUCAAGGUAUUCGUGGGCCAGUUGGAGCAAGAGGAGAUGCUGGAAAUCCAGGAUUGCCCGGACCUCAAGGACCGAAAGCAUACAACGGUUCGUACGCAGAUCCCAAUGCUGCUGCUGCGGGUGGAGAUGCCUAUGCUCAAGCUGACCCUCAAGCUCUAAAGGAGUACGAAGCUGCAUGGGCUCAGUACUACGCGUCUCUGGGGCAAACCGUCCCCGCAGCUCCAACCGCAGCUCCUGCCUCGGCACCUGCUCCCGCUCCCGCUGAAGGACCUGGGAAUGGAGCUGGCGCUGAUUAUAGCGGGUAUUACGCCAACGGGGCCCCUCCGCCUUCUGGUCCUCCAGAUGUAAAAGCUGGACGUGGUGGUCGUGGUGGUGGACCUGAUGGAUAUAGCACUCGUGGGGGAUAUGAAGGUGGUCGUGGAGGAUAUGAUGGAGGAGGACGUGGCGGGGGAUUUGAUGGUGGCCGAGGAGGCUUCGGCGGUGGUCGUGGUGGCUACGAAGGUGGUCGCGGUGGUUAUGAUGGCGGCAGAGGCGGAUACGAUGGUGGUGGUCGUGGAGGAUAUGAUGGAGGCCGUGGAGGAUUUGGCGGUAGCAGAGGAGGCUAUGGUGGAGGUGGCGGUGGCGGUGGCGGUUACGAUGAUGGAGGACGUGGAGGUUUCGGUGGAAGAGGAGGUGGACGCGGAGGACGAGGAGAUUUUGGUGGAAGAGGUGGCCGUGAUGGCGGAUUUGGCGGCGGCCGCGGAGGUGGCGGCUUCGGUGGAGGACGUGACGGUGGUUUCGGUGGUGGCGGUGAGCGCCGUGGACCCAGUCGCUGGGAUGAUGGAGGACGCGGAGGUGGCAGUCGAGGCAGCUUCCGUGGCGGCCCGGGAGGUCCCGGUGGAAGAGGAGGUUUUCAAGACCGUGGAGGCCGUGGUGGAUUCACAGGAGAUAGAGGAGAUGGUGGAGGAUUCAAUCGCCAUGAUGAUCGCGUCGAACUAAAAGAAACAGUAUUCGUACAAGGAGUUCCUGUCACUGCAAAUGAAACGUACAUAGCAGACGUCUUCAGCACUGUCGGUGACAUAGCUAAGAAUGAUAGAACUGGAGCACCUCGGAUAAAGAUCUAUACGGAUAGAGGAACCGGAGAACCAAAGGGAGAGUGUAUGAUUACCUUUGCUACCGCCGAAGUAGCUCAGCGUUGCAUUGAAAUGUACAAUGGGCAACCGUUUCCGGGUGGUGACCGUCCAAUGACCAUUUCCAUUGCCAAAUUCAAGCCUAUGGAUCCUAGUGCUCGUGGUGGUGGUGCUGGUGGUGGUUUCCGCGGUGGCAGAGGAGGUGGCGGCGGCAGAGGCGGUUUUGAUGGUGGAUUUGGUGGUCGCGGAGGAGGAGGAGGCGGUGGAGAUCGUGGUUUCCGCGGUGGUGGACGUGGCAGAGGAGGCUUCGGACGAGGCGCAGGAAAUGCGAAUAUGGAACAGCGCAGCAGCGACUGGCCUUGCGAGUCUUGCGGAAACAAUAAUUUCGCCUUCCGUCAAGCGUGUAAUCAGUGUGGAGCUCCUAGAGGAGGUGGUGGCGGUGGAGGUGGCGGAGGCGGAGCCAUGCGUGGAGGGCGGGGAGGAUUUGGUGGUGAUAGGCAUAAGCCGUACUGA